AUGUUUAUCCCGGCGAGGGGCGACCAUUUUAGUUUCCAUCCGCCGGCCGGUUGCCCCGGCGGCGGCGUCUCCCUCCGUCCGGCUGUGUCCCAGGCAGGCCCCGGGAGGUCCGGCGGGCGGGCGGACGCGAUGUGGCGGCUCCGCUGCAAGGCCAAGAACGGCACCCACGUCCUGCAGGGCCUCUCGAGCCGGUCUCGCGUCCGGGAGCUCGAGGGCCAGAUAGCCGCCGUCACCGGGAUCGCCCCCGGCGGGCAGCGGAUCCUCGUCGGCUACCCUCCUGAGUGCCUGGACCUCAGCAACGGGGAGACCGUGCUGGGGGACCUGCCCAUCCAGUCAGGUGAUACCCUGAUCAUUGAAGAGGACAAAACCAAGCAUAAGACUUCAUCUUCUGCACUUUCAAAACAUGGUGCUCAUACUUCAUUCAGGGAAGUUUUGCCUGUGCUUACCAGAACAGUGGUCCCAGCAGAUAACUCCUGCCUUUUCACCAGUGUGUACUAUGUAGUAGAAGGGGGAGUUUUGGAUCCAGCUUGUGCCCCUGAGAUGCGAAAUCUCAUAGCAGAGAUAGUAGCAAGUGAUCCAGAAUUCUACUGUGAGGCAUUAUUGGGAAAAACAAAUCAAGAGUACUGUGACUGGAUUAGAAGGGACGACACUUGGGGAGGAGCUAUUGAGAUAUCCAUUUUGUCAAAGUUUUAUCAGUGCGAAAUUUGUGUAGUGGACACUCAGACAGUCAGAAUCGACCGCUUUGGGGAAGACGCUGGUUACCCCAAAAGGGUACUACUAAUUUAUGAUGGCAUCCACUAUGAUCCACUUCAGCGAAACUUCCCUGACCCAGACAGCCCUCCUUUGACCAUCUUUUCCUCCAAUGAUGACAUUGUUCUUGCGCAAGCAUUGGAACUGGCAGAUGAAGCUAGAAGAAAGAGGCAGUUUACUGAUGUAAACCGAUUCACCCUGAGAUGCAUGGUGUGCCAAAAGGGGUUAACUGGACAAGCAGAAGCAAGGGAACAUGCCAAGGAGACGGGCCAUACCAACUUUGGAGAGGUGUGAUCUAUGCAGGAGGAAGCAUUGUCUACUACCUCACUCAUCCAGAAGGCUCUGGGUUUUCCAAUAAGCUCUCUGUAAACCUAAAAGACAAAAGGACAUAAUGCUUGAAACACCCUUUUUACUUAAGACAAUGAAGACACUAGGAUUCCUUGUUAAGAUUAAAAUUAGUGUGCAAGUUUACAGAUCUGUGUCUACAGUGGUGAUACAUGCUCUCUUCCUGCCAGGUGUGACAGUGAGUGAUGCCCUGACACUAGCCUGAAGAGAGUUAUUCCUACAAGCUAGCACUGAGCAGCAUUAACUGAUGGAAGAGUACACCUGGCACAUUUGGGGGUAAUAUGGAAGGCUUCAUGUGAUACCACUGCAUAUACACACAACAGUAUCUAGAGCAGCUUAGACCUUUGAAUAACACGGAGUUUGAAAACAAAACUCAUUUCUAAAUUAUGACUCCCACUGAGGAGCAAUUUCUUGAAUGACGUGCAGGGUGGUCAACCUGAUUUUAUGCUGAAAGUUGGUAGACUUUUCAUGCAAGUACUUUGCAAGGUAUAAAUACAUUACAUAAGCUGUUUCUACAGGGAUGGUAACUACUUCCUGUGAGUAUUAACUCAGAAAUUGAAUCUGACAGUGCCCUGUUUAAGAUUUAUAGUAUAUAGAAGUAGAAUGUAAAGGAUAAGGUGCCUAAUUUCAUAACUAUGGUGAAGGAGCUGACUGCAGCUUUAAAAGACCAGUAUGCUUGUUUUAACUUAGUUUUUAUUAGCUAAUAACUUAUUGGAUAAGAUUUUAAAAUUAAGCAUAGCUUUAAAAAAACCCAGUUUUAAUUGAAGUUCCUUGAAAUUUGAGUACUCAAACUUUGCAAGAGUUGUUUGUUUUGGUUUUUUUUUAUCUUGUGCGUGUUUAAUUUCUCGUUUUUUUAUUUAUACUAUCUCUAUCUUUUGAAUUUUUUUUAAGCUGAAGUGACCUGGUAAGGUUUGGAUUUUUAUUGUAAUGGCUAUUCCUCAUUUAAGUAGUAUUUGUUUUCUCGUUAAACAGACCGGCCUACAAAUGUUGAAUUAUUGCUAGCCUUAUCACCACUGAAAAACAAUGCCCUUAAGCCAGGUCUAAUUUCAGCAGACUAGCAUUUUAAAAUUUCCAUCUUAUUUCUCAUUUUGCCUUUGGAACAAUUUUGAGGUACUUAGAGUGAUGGUGACUAGGUUGUUUUGGAGGGGAAAAGUAGGCUGUUGUUUCUGAAAUAUAGAAACAUUACCAAAUCCUUGUCUUACUGAGCUGUCUCAGAGUUUUCCUUGUUCUUCACAUUAGUUGUGUGCCCUUUUGCUUGUUGGACUAAAUCAACUAGGCACCCUCUCAGAAACUCAGCUUUGAUAAAGAUCUCCUAGGUAAAGUUGUCUACUACCUCUUUCAUAAUUCUACUUAUGAUCAGGGAUGUUAAAUCAAAACGAAUAUAACAGUGUACAACCUCGUGAGGUUUAAUGUUUUUGAAAUUCUUGUAAUAAUAAUCUUGAUCUGUCUGGGUGUAGUUAAGGGUCUGGCAAACUAAUUGCAUAUUUUAACUGAAAGCACUUAAAUGUCUCCUUAAGCACAUUUUUUGGGUUGAUAUUUUGAAUUAGAGAAUUACUUUUUGAGUUCUUAGGGUGAAAGUUUAAGAUUGACAUUGAAAACAAUUCAGCAACCAGUUAUUAAGCAUCUAUUAUGUGCAAGACACUGUGUUAGGUACCCCUGUCCCAAUAAUGCUUAAAUUUUAGUGGAAAAUUUAGGAAAAGUUGACUUUAUUUGAGGAAUAAUUAACAAAAUGUGCUUGAAUACUUUUAAAAAUUGAGUACCUUUUGUUUGUAUAGCUCUUUCAAGGUAUAAGUUGCUCUUAAGAUUAGUAAAAGUCUUAAAAGUGUUCUUUUUUUUCUAUUUUACUGAGCCUUAACAACAAAAACAGCACUUGUGAAUUAUGUCAUAGUCCAUACAACUGAAAAUGGUGUGAAACCUCCAUCUAUUUGUCUUCUGGCUUGUGUUGUUGUUGAUUAUUUGUGAAUUCAUCUUAGUUCUCUAAGAAACCUAAUUAGAGUAAUAAAUGUUGUAACCAAGCAAUUUAGAAUUGUAUCAUCAGCAUUCAUUUUUAGAUUAAGGCUUCUUAUACAACCAUGCAUCACUUUUCUGUCAGAAAACUUAUUUUUUACUUUCUGAUGAUGACAGAUGUCAGGCCUAAAGCAUUUGCCUCCAGACCUUUUAGAUUUAGACUGAGACAAGUUGAUGUUUUCUGCCUUAGUUUAAAUUCUGAUCACUCUGAAUUUUGAUCCUGUGUUGUACGGACAAUAGAUUAUUUUAACAAAAUGGAAAGCAAAAGAACUCUUUGCUGAUAUUGCACAGAUAUUAAAUUCAAGGGAUUUUGUUUACAUGUUAAGUUAUUACUUUUUUCAUACCAUAUGUCAAAUAUUUAUUCAGGGAACUUUGUUUUCAUAUUUUAAACUUUUAAAUCUUCUGUUUAGGCUAUCUAAUCAUAUAAAUUGGGAACUGAUAACUGAGAAUUGUUAGGAUUUUCAUUGGUAAUCAUUUGCCAAAAUUUAACACUAUUGUGACUUAAGUGGCAUCGUAUACCUAGAAAAUUCAUGAUGAAGUACUAUUCCAACUUCAUUCCACUUCUGUUAGUAUGAAUUUAAGUCCCUAAAUUUUUGUUCUAAAAUCAAGCUUGUAAGUUAUUUUAAAUUUAAGAUUUUGUGAGUGUGCUGAUACUUGACUAAAUUGACCUCUUAGUCUGAAUAAACUUGAGUGUUGUAAAACCUUGAAAAUCUUCUGAUUUAGCUACUUCAAAGGAAUUUAGAAGAAACUAUGUUCUGUUCUGUUUGCACUUGGACUCAGUAGGGAUUGUCCCAUUCACUCAAUUUCCAUAUUGAAUUGGAAGACCUUUAGCUUUAGAAGCUAGGUGGGAAUAACUACUCUCAUUUACUUUGCUUUUGAAUUCAGUGAUUAGCUACAGUGCUGCCUACAUGGAAUAAUUAUCACUGAUAUUAAUCUUUCAUUCUCACAAUUUUGUGAUCUAUUAUCUAAAGAUAAUAACUAGUAAUAGCUCCUGUUAGGUAUAGAUAAUAACUAGUAAUAACCCUUGUUAGGUAAUAGUUGAUUACUUGAGAACUUGAUUUUUCCACCCUUAGCUCUUGAUUUGAAUUUUCUUCCUCACUGAAAAAUUGGAGUUAUUGGAAGGAUAGUAUUGAAAUGCCAGCUAAUGCUGCCUUGAUUUAGAAUUUUCUUUUCAGUGAUUCCAGCUUGGCAGCUCUAGUGAAUGUUGGUAUAGUUAUAUAUUUCUUUAUUUUAUGGGGGCUCAAAUCCCAGCAAUAGGCAGUCACUCUGCCCCGUUUCUAGGGAGUAAGUGACGUUACUUUCUCUCAAAGGAUCAUAGAGAUCAUAGAAUUUAAUGUUCAAAGGGAAUCUUAGAGAUCAUCUAGUCCCUCAUUUUACAGAUGAGAGUUAAAGGGUAUUUUCCAAGGUCACAAGUGAUAGUUGGAUUCAAACCCAAAUCAUAAUUCCAAAUUCACUGUUCUUUCCACUACAAUCUAGCUGUCUCACUUUGUAUGCCUUCAAUAUUUCCAUGUAUACCUCACUGUGCUGACUGUCCUCCAUGUUUUAUAGAGCCUGUAAUAUGGGUAUUUGACAAGUUCACCUGGCUAGCAUGUUUAUUUCAAAGUUUUCAUGAAAUUUAUUGCAUGCCUGCACUAAACCUUUUUUUAAAAAAAAAAAAUCCUUCUAAUUAAUUAUAAUGGGAAAGGUACAGGUUGAAGUGAGAUGAGAAAAAUUUUUAAACUAUAAUCAUGUGGCCUUCAUGAACAGUUUUCAUAUAUUGAGAAUCACACCUGGUAAUUAUUUGCAGCACUUUAAAACUUGUGAAACAAAGUUUACGUGUUAUAUAGCACCCUCCAAGAUGCUUAUUAAAACCAAUAAAUGUAUGUGUUGAGCUGCCAGUAAUCAGCUCUUUUCUUCUGCCACUAUGCAUUGUAUUUCAGUAAUACAACAUUCUAUUAUUGUGUUAACAUUCCAUUUCAGUAGCUAUUAGGAGCAUGCUGUUCUCUUAGCAUUCAAAAUGUUUCUUAAUACACUACUAUAAUGUGAUUGUUCAUGUAUCUUUUUACAAUACAGUAUUCAAGUUUAUUCUUACAGUGCAGACAGCUGAGGGAACUGUUCUGAAAAGAAUAGAUUAUUAAAAUCUUUAUUCUUUUUUAAAGCUAAGUAAAAAAAAGGUCUUUUGUAGGAGGGGGCUGGGAGGGAUUCAGAAAUUAAUGGACUUGAAAGUUCCAUUUUAUUUAUAGACACUGUGUCUUUUAAUACCUAUAAAUAAAAGUGAAACAAACAUUCAUUUGAAUAAGCUAUGAAAUCCUGACUAAGGUUUUGAAUAAAUUUGGGAAUUGAAGUUAAUUUAAAGAUAGGGGACAGGAUAUGCUGAAUCAUCUAUUUAAUUGCUGCAAAUAGUACUUUGGCAAUAAUUUUUAAGCAUCCAGUUUACAAAGCAUGCAGAAUUUUUGAUUGUGAAGGGGAUUGGGGGAGGUGGGUAGAGUUGUCCGGAUUUUUUUUGGUCUACACUUUUGAUUUCAUCACUGUAAGGAAUUGCCUUUCUUUACCAAUCAGUCUAUAAUUUAUAGUCUUAAAGCAUUGCCUGGGAGCACUUAGGAAUUUUAACGACUUGUCCAAGGUCACACAGUGAAUAUAUGUCAGGAAAGAAUUAAACUCAGGUCCUCCUGACUCAGAGGACUGCUCUCUAUCUUUUACACACCAAUUUUAGUAUGUUAAAUGAUAGAUAACGCAUUUGUUGAAAAAGUUUUUCCCCUCUUGAUAAAUGAAAUCAAACUAUUUUUGUUUACCAAAUCAUCAGCAUUUAAUUUGAAAACAUUUCAUUGAUUGUAAUUUUGCAUGGGUGCUAAUUAAGGUCUUCAGUGAGUGUGAGUUUAAAGGUUAGCUUAUUCUUAAAAGGGGGUCAGUGAAGGAAGAAGUAUGAUUGCUACCAAAACAAAAGAGAAUUUGGUCUGGAUGGAUGAAUUCGUAAUACUUGUUGAAUAAUGCUUUUCAGAUGAGUAUUUCAGGCCAUCAGGAGAGCAAUAAUUUUUGUGUUGUACCACCCAUCUCUCUCAGUGGUUAGUUGCUGAGUAAGGUCCAUAUGUGGAAAAAUUUCCAAUUAAAGCAUAAAGUUACAUCUAAGUGUUUAUUGUGAUGCCUUUUUAUAUUUCUGCCCUUUUUUAAAAGGCAAAAUCAUACCAAGUGUAGGUUAAGGAGUGGUGAAGACAUAUAGUUGAGUGGUAGGAAUAAUAGACUAUAGCUUCCAAUACCAAGUUAAAUUUAAGGAAAUCUUAGGACAUAGGAUUUCUAUUAAUGUUAUAUGAAAACUUUAUAAUGGGUACAACAUACAUAUUUUGAGCUCCAUAAAGGUCCAGGUAGCCUAAUUCUUGUUAAUUUUCCAAUUUACCUCUGUGCCAUAUACUAUAUUGCAGGAAAUUCCAUAUACUUAGCAAAAUAAUGAUGGCUUUGGAGGAAAGGGAGGAGUAAUUUUUCUAGUAACUUAAUUCAGCCUUGGCUCUUGUUAGGAAAUAUACUUAGGAAAUAGUAUUUACCAAAAAAAUUGUAGUGAAGUAUGUAAACUUCCUGUUUUAUAGUUUUCAGAUUAGAGCAGGUAGAAGUGCAGGUUUAGGAAACAAUGAAUGGAAUUGGUUAGGAAAAACUGCCUCAUGUCACUGCUUUAGAACAUGACUUAAAAGAGCAGUAGAAAAAUUUAAGCCAGGAGUCAAUUUUCUAUGCUUUCACUUUCUUAGAUUAAAAGUGUUUUCCUUUGGAAGAUUGAUAAUUUUGCCUGUUGUUUUAACUUGGCUAAUUCAGGUUGUUUUCCCCACAAAGAUCUUUAAUAUGCUGCUACCAGGAAAAUGUCUUGUAUCAUCAUAUAACUUUUAUGUAACUUUGGUGUUGCCAAGAUGCUUUGAUUUUAUUUAUAAAGUUGUAUGAUUUUAAAUAACUGAAAGCUGUAUGUAUGUAUGUAGUGACUUGUUAUGAAAGAAUAAAUUAAAACAAUCUGAA